AUGGUCUCUGUCCAAGCUCCCGCUACAGUUCUCGUCACUGGCGCCAACGGAUUCCUCGGCCUGUACAUCGUCAAGCAGCUGCUGGAGGGUGGUUACACCGUCCGUGGCACGGUCCGUUCCGUCUCUAAGGGUGAAUGGAUCAAGAACAAGUUUUCGGCCUAUGGAAGCCACAUCGAUUACACCAUCGUGGAGGAUAUAACGAAGACAGGCGCGUUUAACGAAGCUGUCAAAGGUGUCGAUGCCGUUGUGCACGCUGCAUCUCCAGUUUCGGAUAACCUUGAUGGUACGUACGAAGAGAUUUACGUACCCGCUGUGAAGGGCGCAGAAUCCAUCUUCAACAGCCUCCGGAGCAGCCCUACGGUCAAGCGUGUUGUUAUGACUUCUUCGUUUGUCGCAAUGAUGGAACCUCAUGAGCCUGGUUUCACUUAUGAUGAAACGGUGUGGAACAAUAACGCGACCAAAUUGGUGAAGGAGAACCCCCAGGGACUCCCGGGUGCUAUGUACUACCUGGCAGCCAAGACCGACGCGGAGCGGACAGCCUGGAACUUCUAUAAUGCGCACAAACCGGAUCUGAACUGGGACUUGGUCACUCUUGCGCCUCCUUGUAUCUUUAACCCCAUCCUGCAGGACGAACCUAACUUUUCCACCAGCCUGGCGUACAGGAACGCUUUCCUCGAGAAGGCGGAGAAUCUUGCGGAUGGCCAUGCUGGGUUCUGGAUUGACGUGCGGGACGCCGCGACUGCCCAUGUGCUCAGUCUGCAGAAGCCGAAAGCUGGUGGCGAGAGGAUCUUCAUCACAGGAGGCGCUUUCAAGUGGCAAGAUCUCCGUGAAGAGUUGAUUAAGCGUGACGUCCCUGGCGUCCUUGCAGAGCGCAUACCUGGAGAUGACAAGUACGACAUUCCCGACCUGACGAAGUGUGCCAAUAUCCUAGGGAUGAAGUAUCGUUCGCUUGGAGACAGCGUCCUGGGUAGCAUCAGCUCUUAUCAGAGGUCGCAGGAGAAAAAGUAG